GACUGCGGUGACCGCGACAAAAUUUAAGAAAAUACGAAACCAUUUAUUUUUAAAAGCUAACGUCACUUUAAUUUUAAACGAAAAAAUAAAGCGUGUUUUUUUCUGUGUGUUUAAAAAGAAACAGAAAUUAAUUAAGGUGCUUCAUACCAGAGAAAUCCCAAUUGAUAUUUUGUUUCUUAAUUAGCAACAACAAUAACGACAGAACAAAAAAAAGAAAAAAGCAAUAAUUGUAAUAAACAUAAAAACGAAAUUUUGUAAUAAACAAAAUAAACUUAACAAAAGAACAAUAAACAAGUACAGUCUAAAACAACUACUUCAUUGCGGCAACAAUAAGCAAUAACAACUUAAAGUUAAGCAACAACCAAAACUACCUAUUUACCAAUAAAAAACAAAAAACAACAAUCUACAAAUAAAUUAUAAAAUCUAUUAACAAAUUACAAUAUGGUUUUAACAAAUUUUGAAUUAUGGGCUGCUGAUGGCGUUACCAAUGGCUCAAACUUGCCUUUGGAUUUUGUUGAAUCCAAUCAACUUCAUCAUAAUCGUCAUGUGAAUCCUUUUGAUCCACGUGCUGUAACACAAUUAAACUCGAAUUCAAAUCAUUUAUCCUCAAAUGGUUAUUAUGGAUUCUCCUAUAUAAAUUCAGUACAUGAUAAUAAUAACAACAACAACAAUAAUAACAAUACUAGCAACAUUAACCACAACAAUAAUAAUAAUAACAAUAGUACAACAUAUAAUUUUAUGGCAAAUGAUGUCAAUGGCAUGAAUAAUACACAACAACUACAACAAACACAUGUUUCGUCAGUUAACUUUGGCAGCUCUGCUUACGCAGCCGGUAAUGCUGUCCCAGUAGCACGUUGUAAAAAACGUUUCUUCGUUAUGAAUGAUGAUGAUGCGACUGCUGCUGUUGCUGCUAACAAUUGUACAGCCACUAACAAAAACUACCACAACUAUGAGGUUUCUGCCAAACGUUGCCGUUUCGAUGAUGAUUUUUCAGCUCAAUAUUGUAAUGAUUUUUUUCAGUUACCUUCAACACAAAUUGCUACACAGUCUUGUUUAAUGGACACUGAAGAAGGCUUUGAAAAUAACAACAACAAUAAUAAUAAUGAUAAUAACAAUAUUGAGAAAUAUGAACAAACAUUAAACCCGCAAUUACAAAGUAUAACUGCUCACCAGCAGCAGCAGCUGCAGCACCAACAAAUUAACCAACAACAGCAGCAGCAGCCUCAGCAACAACAUUUAUAUCAUCAGCAACAACACUAUCAAGACAACAUACAAUUUGCCACAAAUAAAUGCCACCACAAUCACAACAACAACAAUAAAAAUAAUAAUAAUUUAGCAUUAAAAAGGAAACACAAAAAAUGUAAAAUUGAUUUAGAAAAUCAAAAUGAAAAUCUUUUAAAAAUUCACAAAUUAAAGGAAAAUAAUAAUAAUUCAAUAGAAAAUGUAAAUGAUGAUAAUAAUAAUGAUGUUGUUGUUGUUGUCAAUGAUGAUUGUAAAGUAGAUGAUGCAAUACUAUUUGCUGAACUACAUGGCGGUUGUUUGCAUCAUCAUGAACAUCAGCAUUAUAAAUAUUCAAUAAUGAAUAGAAGUAGAACAGUUGUUUCCUCUGUGAAUCAUCAAUUACAAAAUGAAAAUUAUUAUGAAGAAUUUUAAAAAGAGUAAUAGUUUGAAAAUUGAAGACAAGAUUAUAAUCUCUUAACACUGUGUGACUUAAUCAUUAAUAAAUCUGUAAAUUACAAACAUAAUUUUUAAAAUGAAUUCAACAUAUCGUUAGGUUUUUUUUAUUUAACAUAAAUUUUUUGUAAAAUUUUAGAAUUUUUUAAAUUAUUAUUUUUUUUAUUUAAUUUGUUUUUUUUUUUAUAAAACAAAACACUAUAAAUAUGUACCUUAAUUAAGCUUUUAAACACAAAUUAGUUACAAUAAUUUUAAUUUGUAAAAAGAAAUUAUAGUACAAGUUUAAUUUGAGUUGUAAAUGUUAUUUUUAUUUUAUUUUUUAAAAUAUUGUAAUAAAA